AAUGUACUUCUAUUAAUCAUAAAACAAGCAAGCAAACAGAAAGUCCAGAGCUUCCAAAAGCAUCAGCAGCCAGAAUAGGAACCGAAGAGAAUGAUGAUGGUUGAAGCCGCGGCCACCCCAAAGGGUCAAACAGCAUCAUCAGCUGCAAUAGAGGCCAGCCACACCAUUACCCCCUUCUACUCGGAUGCAAAGGUCUCAAUGAUUUCAAGAAUGUUGCAGUCAUAUUGUGGAGAAUGCAUAUUUAAUAACUUCCGGCAAGCUGGUGCAUUUAUAAUUAAAACCGGAGGGAGUAGUAGCCAACAAUUUCAACUACACACACACACACACAUGUUAUGACAAUGUCCCCCAAUAAACGGUUCGCUGAUGCUCCACAGAAUUAGUGCGUACCCAUAAUGACACUGGUCACGAUUAGACAGCUUAAUCAUUGUCCGUUUCACGGUCAACUCAACGGCCAAUGUCAUCCACAACAUGAACAUGGGCACAAGCAAAAUUUACAGGUUGUAACCUUAAUUAGACACAAGAGGGCUACAUCCAUCAUCCAUGCAAGGGCAACGAACAUAUAAAAUGCUAUUAGCAGGCACCAUUACGAGGUGAGAGCAUGCGUUAAGAGUAGUUGCAUUUUCAAACUUGAGUAGCGCCUAUAAUGCUCCUUCUCUGAAUAAUUGCCCGUGGGUCCAAUUCGUGCCCUUUGAUGAUGCUGAGACUCGGAAAUAUCCAGAUACGUACAAAGCCACAACAGUUGGAAAAAUCAGCGCCCUUGAACUAUGCUUGCGUCGCUUUCUCAUUUCUCUUCCUCUCAAUAAGAUAACAGGCGUGGUGGAAUCAACAUCUCAAAAGACGUUUUCACCUCAAAUUUAUUCUCACAAAGUCUACGAACACUAAGCUGAGUCACAUGCUAUGCGCCAUAACAGACAGAAAAGUCAUACCUCAUAAGCAGACUUGGACCCACUCACCCUCACUAAUCCAUGCCUUUGAUCUCGCCGUUACCAACCUUGUUACUCUCCUUCCCAUUCCAUAUAAAUUCACGUUCGCGUUUGGAAACCCGGAGAGACAAACAUUUCUCAGUUUGGUUUUAAAUAAUUGCCGGAAGCCCCCAUCAAUGGCUGUGGAUGAUUCUUUCAAGAAGCCAGGAGCUGUACCGUUCAAAUGGGAGGUAAAACCAGGAGUUCCCAGAGCUCAGCAGAACCAUCCUCGCCCGAAAUCAAUGCCGCUGUCAUCUCCGCCGCCGAUGUCGCCGUCGAGGGCACAGUCAUUUGAUCGUCGCCGAUCAUCGGAACUGAGUUCAACCAAGUUGAGGCCACCGCCGGCUGGGUACUACAUGUUUUCUCCGGUGGAGCCCCGGGCCAAGUCCUUCCGGUCUAGUCCCCGCAUCCGGUCUGAGAGGUGGCGAUUUGAAAGGCCCCUCCUGGCCCGACCCGAGAGUGUGUCGACCGGCUGUUUCUUGUCACCUUUGCUGAGGCGAAUGACAAGCAGAAAGAAACCUCAGAAGCCCGUGGUUUUGUCCGAUUACACAUCGGAUCUCGAGACAUCCAGCAAAUCUCUGUCGCCGUUCCAUGACUCAAGGACGUCGUGCUCGUCGUCUCGGUCAAACAUGUCUUCUCCUCGACCCAGGAGCGAUCCAGAAUGGGCCUGGGCCGGAUAUGGUCUUUUUUGAGGAACUCUUGCGCUCCAAAACCUUGCUUCCCUGCAGCGUCUCUUUGAGACUUAAUUUCGUUUGAGGAUGGUUUUUGAAAAAACCAGAGUUACUGGGGUUCAUUUUUGAAAAAAACUGGGUUACUGAGCUUUCUCAUAACCAACAUCAAAUGGGAAAAUUAUCUAAUGCCUGCUGAUGUCUAAAGUGGUAUUGCUGAGCUUCUUUUGCGGAGGUGGGAGGUGUUUAGUAUUAUGUUGUAAAUAUAUAGCGGUGGGAAAUGAAUUAUAAGCACCCUUCUUCACC